UCUGCGCAUGCGCCGUACAGAAACUAGCUCUCGAGGUCGAAUUGUAGGAUUUUGUCCAUUUUGAGAGCAAAAACAAAGCCAAAAUGCCUUCGGACUUCGAGAAAGAUGCAUAUCCGGAGCCUCCAACGAAGACUCCGAUCAUAGAUAAAGAGACAGCAGUACCAAACCCAAAUGAUAUCAUGGAUAUGAUGUUUUACUACGCCGUGGAUGUGCCUGUCACCGCAUUUAGAGUUGCUAUUGACAGCCUUCGAUCGAGAAACAAGCUGGUCUACUACCACCAGAAGUUCCGCCGUGUUCCGUACCUGACGGAGUGCGAGGAGAGAGAUUUCACAUGCUACUACGAAGCCGAGAUGCAGUGGAAGAGAGAUUUUAAGGUGGAUAGGGAGAUUGUGAAGAUAGUCCAGGAACGAAUGAGUGCCUGUGUUCAGAGAGAAGGGACCAACCACGAGCAGAACUGUUACAAGGAGGUCCAGCUGUUCCAAGAGGUGUCGAAGAACUACCAAGUGUGCUAUGGAGACUUGGGAGGAAAUGCCAAUGCAAGGAAAUGUCUAAUGAAGCAAAAAGAACGAAUGAUGGCUGCUCGGGCCCAGAGUGCUUAAGUCUGGUUGUCCUAUGUAAUCAAGUUUUUUUUUUUUUCAGUGUACUUACACUCAGGAUUCUGAGAACAUUGUGUUCAGUUAACAUACAGAUGUUUUGGAGGUAUACAUUAGUAAAAGAGUAUUUCAUAGAAAAACUAACAAUUAAAUGAAACACCAAAGUUUAUUUCAGCAUUGAAGUCAACCAAUAGUUCCAGAUUUGUUAGCUAAAAUUGAAAUAUCACAAAGUCCUACAAUUUUGAUUGAAUAAAUUUGCAAGAAUCUUUGAAGAAACAAAGCUUAUUUACCAUAAGUCAUGUUAAAAAGAUUUCAUAAAGGUGGUAAAAAAAAUUAAAUUGGCUUAUGAAAACUUUCAAGUGCAGUAAACACGCAUUACAGGAAAAGUUCAUCAUAAAGUUACACGCCAAAUAAUUUCAACACUUGUAAGUAAUCUAAUUAACUCUUAUUGUAUAAUAAAUAUAAUAAUAUUGCAAGCUAUCACCUUAACAACUCUGGGCUCAACUCCCAGUUUAGACCCAGGGUGUUUGUGUGGAGUUUGCCAUGUUCUCAUGUUGCAUUUUCUCUGUCAUCCCCCCAGAUCAAGAUCAUGUACAGUAGUGUUGCCUUCAGGCCCAGAACUCUCCUGCAAAAUAAAUCUGCAAUCUAAAUGGGACUUGCCUGGUUAAAUAAAGGUUAAUAAUAAAGUAUUUCGGCUGUGAUGUGAUGUAACAMAAAUGUUUMAGAAAACCUUUCUMYUGACUGUAAACAUGACAAUAAAACACUGAGGUGUUUCA